AUGUUUAGUAAUAAAAAAAAUAAUUUACCACCGAGACCUCAUAUUCCGGAUUCUGAACAUAUGUUAGAGGAUCUCACAAAUGCCUCCAUGGAUGAUAUUGCAUUUAAAAUAAUAAAUAAAGAUGAAAUUUCUGGAGAAAAUUCAAUGAAUGUAACUACUUCUGAUACAUAUCAGAAAGUGAAAAUCUAUUUAAAUACAAAACAACAGUUGAGACAUUUAGAAACUACUCUUGAAAAAAAGGAACAACAAUUAAGGACAGAUAAUGAAGAAAUAAAAAGACUUGCAGAUGACAUUAAAAAACAAGCACAAGCUGCAUUAAUAACAUAA